AUGGAAGCGCCGUCGGGAGUAUGGACUCCAAGGCCCGGCACGGAACCUGCCACAUUUGGUAGCAAGGCAGGGGCGCCGCCACCGCAGACACUGGCCCUCUGUAGAAAGCUUUCAAACUACCAGCUAGUCCUAAAUAAAGAACAUCGUCCACUUCGUUGGGACUUACGCUUCAACAUAAUCAAGGGGGUGUGCGACGGAUUGAAAUACCUCCAUGAUGCUAAAAUUAUGCAUUUUGAUCUUAAGCCGGCCAGUAUAUUGCUAGACGAGAAAAUGGUUCCUAAAAUUGGAGGCUAUGGACUUUCAAGGCUCAUGGGGGAAGUAAAAACUGUGGGAACCAUGUCUUAUGUCGGGAGACUGGGAUACAUGCCACCUGAAUAUAUAGAAAAGCAAGUACUCUCAGAAAAAUUCGACAUAUAUAGCCUGGGCAUGAUAAUUAAGAAGACAGUGAUGGGAGACAUGGACUAUUGGAAAGUUUGGGAGAUGAGUGAGCGGAAACUUACUGAACAAGUACACUACUACUGGAAGAGAAUAUUAGAGGAGAUACCAAGCUAUCCAUCAGUCGAGGAAGAUUGCAAGCAAGUGCUGGCCUGUAUAGAAAUCGCAAUUCUCUGCACAAAGAAUAACCGGCAUGAAAGGCCCAGCAUGGAAGAUAUUGUUUAUAAACUGGAUAUGGUAGAUUUGAAGAAAAACGACUCGUCCUCGCAGAUAGAAAAGUUGAGCGUAAACACCCUGGAGCUAUGUUUUCCCUGCAACCCAAAAAAGGCCGUCCACUGCUCGCUGCAGAUAAGCAACAAGGGAGAGGACCGCGUGGCGUUCAUGCUUGUGGCUAAUAAGAGCUCGAAGAGUUAUCUGGCCAAGCUGCCGCUCUGCGGCGUUGUGCCGCCAAGGUGCACCUACACUCACAACUUGACAAUGCGCAAGCAGUCGAAGCCACCAUCAGAGAGCGUCGAAUUCGUCACACUGCAGAGUGUCGCUGUGGCCAAUCAUGACCUCCUGUGUGUUGGACAAGGUUCUGUCACCGUUGCAUACGAAGAAUUCUUUAGAAAAGCCGAACCGGCAGGCUAUGUGGUGCAAGAGUUGACCUUGAAGGCUGUCUGUCAUACGCCAGCUGAACGUUCAGCAUCCAAGUCAACUCCAUCGACAAUCAAGAUCAUAGCGACGCAGAAUUCUCAAGAACUUUCGUCCAUAGAUCUGCAUCCAGAGGAACCAUUGAUUGUGACGACGAAUCAUGGUGGUAUCCUUCGUCUCUGGAACUAUGAGACAAUGACAACGUUGAACUCCAUUGAAGUCACUGACGAACCAGGCAUGCUGGUUUUCUGACGGACUUUAGUAUUUUCGACUCAUACCACAUCAUGUCUAAUUUAUGCGAAAUAUUUUUCCUCCUGCAGUUCGUGC